AUGACGACGACGGACACCAUAACGGCGGUCGACUACCUCGCCCAGCAGGAGGAGCUACUCCACGAAGCCGCCGAAGUUCUUCCCUGUCAUACGAAAUGCAGCGAUGUCGUAGAGUUGUUUUACAAAAGGGCUUUCAGAUGCGACUGCGGCACCGCAAAACUCCCCAACAAAUGCUCACUCCAAUCUAAACCCGGCGAAUUGAACACCCAAAACACCUACACGCACAACUUCCGCGGCAAUUUCUGUUUCUGCGAUACGUACUAUGACCCGGACGCGGAGGAGGGGACGAUGUUUCAAUUGGGCGCCCUCCCGCCCACCGCCGCCGACGAGGACUACAUCUGCAGGACGUGUGUCGGCAAGCACGCCUUUUUGAGGGGGUAUAAGGGCAAUUCGCGGUUUUUGUAUCCGCCUUUUGAGGCGUCGGCGACCGGUGGUGAAGAGCCUGCUGAAGCGAGUAGGAAGCGCGCUGCGGAGGAAGGGGAGGGUGAGGGGUCGCCGAAGAAAAGGCGGAAGGAGGAGGGUGGGGAGUCAGGUUCCACUGAGCGAGCUUUGAACGUGGAAGAUGUGGAGGUGGAAGAUGUCCCAACGCACAACGCCACGGCACACACCAUCUCAGCAGACCCCGCCCGGGAAACGCCCCCACACCCCACCACACCCAAAUCCCCAACUUGCCGCCUAGAAACCUACCAGCAAGCGCCCUCCAGCGACAUCUUCUGCAAAGAAGGCUGGCGAGACGAUCUGUGUAGAUGCGCGAAGUGCAUCGAAACAUACGAGUCCGAAGGCGUGCCGUACAUCCUCGCCGUCGAGCCGGCGUACUGUGUCCAACUUGGCGGAUUAACGGGGGGAAAUGGUUUAGACGUAUCGCCCCACGACAUGGGCCUGCAACAGCUCAACAGCAUGGACCGCGUGCAAGCUCUCAACGGCGUGCAAGCGUAUCAGAAGCUGAAGGAGGAUCUGAUGGGGUUCUUGCGCGGGUUUGCGGAGGAAGGGAAGGUGGUUACGGAUGUGGAUAUCCAGGGGUAUUUCGCGCAAAAGGAGGAAGAUCGGCGGAGUCGGCGGGCGCGGUAG